CAUUACUGAUGAGAUAAUGACGACUCUUCAUCACACACAGUCAUGGGAAUCUGCAGUGAGUGUUAAAUGUGUCGGCCAUGGCGGAACAGCAGAUGUGCUUCAGAACACACGGUGACUGCAGCAGCGCCGCUCACUCUCUCUCUCUCUCUGUGUGUGUGUGUGUGUGUGUGUGUGUAGUGAACCCGAGCACCUGCAGCAGCACCGGCUCGGAGCGUCUGUCCCGGUUCUUCGGGAAGCGUGUGAUCACGCUGCAGGCCGGCUCUCCCUGUAAUGACUUUAAGGGUUACUGUGACGUCUUCAUGAAGUGCCGGCUGGUGGACGCUGACGGGCCGCUCGCCCGACUCAAGAAGGCCAUCUUCAACCCCGAGCUCUACGAGAACAUCGCCGAGUGGAUGAUGGCUCACUGGUGGGCGGUUCUGCUGAUGGGCAUCGCUCUGAUCAUGCUCAUGGCGGGCUUCAUCAAGAUCUGCAGCGUUCACACACCCAGCAGCAACCCCAAACUGCCUCCACCCAAACCACUUCCAGGUACGCUGAAGCGUCGGCGAGCGCAGCACUCGAGUCAGCACCCUCCUCCUUCACACCAGCAGGCGGUGCCGCACGCUCACGCCCUCCCGAACCCACGGCCCGCCCCGCGCCCGCAGCCAGCCCGCCACCACCGCUCCGCCCGCGAGAACUACCAGAUGGGGCAGAUGCGGCGCUGAGGAGCGUCCCACACACACUCCUCCAAAGAACACACACACACACUGACACACACACACACACACUGGCGGGAGCGCUGCAGACUACAGGAACACACACACACACACACCGGCGGGAGCGCUGCAGACUACAGGAACACACACACACACACACACACACACACACCCCGGCGGCUCCAGCUGUCCCUCUGCUUCCUCAGACGCUCUACAGCAGAGCUUCAUCUUUCUCAGCAAUCGUGGAACAGGACUUUUAUUUUGUACGAGCGGAGACUCGCUGCUUCCUCCUGCUGUACAGACGGACAGAGCGGAGCGCCGGAGGACUUCCUGUCGAUCAGAGAUUUACAGACACUCAGGACUGGAGCGCGGUGGAGGACGACCUGCGUCCACAGCCGCCACCGCCGCCGCUCCCAUGGGGGAUUAUUGUAUAUACUCACACACACACACACACACACACACACACACACACACACUCUCCUGGAGGACGCAGAGCUGGUUUUACUGUGUGCUGGUGGAGGAUGUGUGGUCCUCAGUGUACAGUGUGCUGACCCGCUCAGGACGCUCCUCCUCUGUAAACAUGUACAGUUCUGGAGACUCUCUGUCAUAUUGAGGGAUGUUUUGAUCCUCCUCUGGGCCCGUCCGUCCGCCCGCGCCGCUCCUCCUCUCCGCACUGCCAUCUGUGAGAGGAGCGCGCCGGCGGCGGAGCCCGCGUCUGCCUGUGUUUUUCUGUUGAUUUGUACGUAGUGUUGGUGAGCGUAGAGGAGAGUGCACUGAACAGUCUUCAUCCAUAGCGGACACUAGCCGGACCCGAGCCGAGUCCCCCGCCGGUGCUGCCGUGCGCUGUGUUUUAUACAGUACUGCUGUCCGGGUCACUUGGACAUUUUUACGUAACGUUGGGAAGCGUGUUGUGCAGAGAUGCUGUCAUUUCCUGGAGUAUUGAGAUGCAUUAAUAAAGCACUGGGUUGAGCGA